AUGGUGGAAUUCAAAGAUAGAAUACCCCUGGGUCUUUGUUGCCCUUCAUUUGAGAAGCUUCGAGCCGAUGUCUGCUUUACUGAUGUCCAAAUUUAUGUAAGUAAACCUGAAGCAAAGCACGUUCAUUUUCAUCUUUUAUUCUAAUAGCUGCGGGGAGAUGAGGUAAUCAAUGCUCACAAAGUCAUCUUGGCCGGGCGGAUACCAAACUUCAAGGGUCAGAUUCUGGGACCCAUUAUGUGUAUGAACAAGCCCGGGACAUCGGCUAGGUAUGAUUCCGCCUUCAACUUGUGAUAUUUAGUUGGUAAGCGCCGUCAAAGCCAUAGUGGCAUAUGCCUAUACGGGCAAAAUAGAGAUUCAUGAAGAUACAGUAAGGCAGAUUCUCGUCGUGGCCAGACAGUUGGGACUGACGGUGGUUGUUGAAUGGUGCUGCCAAUUUAUGACUGAAAGGUAAGAUCCUGUAGGGACACCGUAAUAUUCCACGCGUAGGCUGAGCCCAGACAGACUGCUGGAGAACUGGGAGUUUGCGCAUCACGAAGGCAUUACUCAGCUGCGUCUUGCAUGUUUGGACAUGAUGAAAACGGAAUUUACUGAAUUUAUCCGCUCACCAUCCUUUCGCGCUCUGCCCUUCAAAGAUUUCCUAAGCCUCCUUGAAAGCGACGACCUAAGAGCGGCUGACGAGGAGCAGGUGGUAGAGGCCAUUUUGAACUGGACCUCAGUUGAUGGACAGCCGGCACGUCUGGAGAGGCUGCACACUCUGCUGGCCGCCGUUCGGUGGGGACAGACGGAGCGGGAGUUUCGUUCUCAACUGGCAGAACAAUCAGUCCUAAAUAGUCACAAGAAGUGUCGGUAAGUACUUGAAAGGAAACGCCACAUGAUAUAUUUGACGAGGUCAGUAGUCCCCGGAGAGGCUUGAGCCGAUGACCACAUACAGAAGAUGGUGUGACUCGCGAGAUGUCGUAAAUUUCUCAAACUCUGCCAACUCUGCGUCUCGAACGCGUUAGUAUUAAAAAAGCACAGUUCUUCAACGUAGGCUUUGGUUUGUCUGCAAAGUAGUGUUUAUUACUCAAGACUAUGUUCUGCCUACGAUUGAGAUUUCAGAAACCACUUAAUUACGGGCCACUUACCUAAUGCCAAAUAUGAGGUUGCUUAGUGAACGGGCGUAAAUGAAAAUGAGAAAAUAAUAAAAGACGCGUACUACACGAAUAAGUCUAAUCUAAUCGAAAAAUGACGAAAUCCAAAGUACGCCAUACUACUCAUUAAAAUUCUGGUUACGAAAUUUCGCGAGUUGUAUUGCCAACCGUAUAUUAUCAGAACAGGUCAAGUCCCCGUUGUCUUCUUAAAGUGCACGCGCUUUUUUAUAGUUGGCCUUAAUCAUAUGCCGGUGCGGCCGUCGAAGCGACGAGGUCCACCGCAUGCCUCACGGGGUAUGCGCAGCACUAGCGACUUGCGCGUCAACUUGUGUACCGUCUACCACAUUCUCGCCUCUCUCGCACACCUGGUUCCGACGACAAAGCAAGGUCGAGGCAACCGAACAUGGUUCGGGUGUAAUGGCCGGUAGAGCCGAACGGUCCAUUAACGAGUGCCACACGGACAAUCUGCACAGCAUAAAGCGGACCGCUAUAAGAACAGGUCUGAUAUCCUGUGGGUGAGAAUGCCGGAAAGACUACUCUAAGUAGCAGUCGUUGCAUUUCAACACUCGAAAAGGGCCGAGGUAUCCAUCGAUUGGCGGCUUUCCAAGUCACGAAUAGUAGCGUGUAAUGAUGGAUUCGGAAGCGUCAGAUGCAUAGGAUUAAGAAAUGCUAUGGUUUGCCGUGUGGAUGUAUAUCCCAGAGAUAACCACACGCCCUUUCCAAUCCGUGUCUCUAAUCAUAUACAUACGCAGAUAGCACAUAUGAUAACUCAUGAAAUGUUAAAAGCUGCAUGAGUGAAUCCCUAUAGGGUAAAAUCCGUCCAAACCGCCUUCUGCAAAGUCUUACAGCAGUAGAAAAGGUCUAAUUUUAAAAGAAGAUGUUGUUGGGUUCAUAGUUCAGUAAAUUCUGGCAUAAAAAAUAGUUAAUUUUUACAGAUAACUAGACUUCCGGAAAAUGGGGACAUUAGAAAUCACUUAAAUAAGGCUAACUAUGAGGUGUAUUAAGAAGGGGAUGCGUGAAAGGGAGAAACAAAUGGAAAGUGAAAGCAAUUUCAAAUAGAAAUAAAACGAGUUAAAAGAACAAGAACUGAAUAGUUCCAAUCAGACCUCCAAAGCAAAUACUUGACAAAUCCUACUUUACAUUUAAAAUGGGCUUGAACUCGUUGAAAGACAUUGAGAAAGCACCAAAGACAAGUGGCGCUUAGACCAACGGCUACUGCGCCCAAGGAAGGGCUUGACUAUCUGCAUAAGAAGAAAGUCGUCUACAAGACCCAAUGAGAUGCCUGCGACGUUGUAUAUUGUGGGCAAACUAGAAAACCCGCCGCUACACGCAUGUAGCAACAUCCAAUGACAGUUAAGUGACAAUUACACUAAUUUCAACUGGCCGUGUAUGCCCUAGAUACCGGAUAACCUUCUCAUGCUCCACAACUCGCACCGUCAGCGCCAACCUAUCGAAAAUGACCGGAAGUUUUUCGAAGCCAUGCACGCAGAUGAAUCAUGUUGCAACCAGCAUAUUGAGUAAGAAGCCGUGUAAAAGAAUUUAAGGGGAAAGUGGAAACGAUGUGGACUAAUCGAUAAGAAUCACGCAUACGGCGGUCGCUUACUGGCGCAGACGUCGGAUCAGUAUCGAUUUUUUGGACAUGUCUGAAAUUUUAGCUGCUUUAUUAUAUACUUACUCAGAGUCUAACGACGACAUAAGAAACCACUUUUAAACCUUAUCAAAUAACUCUUUCUGUUAUUAUAAAGAACAGGUUUAAAUCCAAAUAUUAUACAUAUAUAUAUGUGUUGGACUGGGGGAAUCCCAGGGAAUGUAAUUUGAAAGCGGUGAGAUGCUUUGGAAACAAAAUAACGUUUAUUGCGUAGACUUUCACGAUCGCCAUCAGACUUUUGGAUCAUGUACAAAAACAGUUACUUAUUUUAUCGAGUCGAACAAGUGAUUCUGUGGUUGGCCGAAGCCUGAAUUCUUGGAAGCAAUGCCCUCAGAUAGGGCAUGCAUCAAUCAACAUAUCGAUUUAGAUACCACGUACUAAUUUCUCAAGAGCGAAUGGAGGCGAGCGCAGCUAAUGCAGAGGGGAUGAGGAAAUGUAGUUGAGGCGCACUGGCGCAGGCUUCGGUUAAACACAGAAUCACUUGUUCGACACGGACAAAUAGUCGACUGCUUUUGUACAUGACCCAAAGGUCUGAUGACGAGCUGGGGAACUAGUCUCGAACGUUUACACAAGUAAAGGUUAUUUUAAUCCCAAAGAAGCUCCCCGGUUUCUCAUUACAUUUCUUGGGAUGACGGUUAUCCAGUACAUCUACAUAUAUGUGUGUGCAUGUUAUAAUAAUUCUAACAAAAACUAUUUGAAAUUAAAAAGUUUUCUUGGAAUGCAACAAACUCUAUUCUCCAAGCCUCAUGAUUAGUUGUGCAAAUCUUAGGCGUACGAUAAGUCUGCAAAACGACCUUUGGUCCCUAACUUGGCUAAAAUUUUAAUGAUAAUGCUUCGUCGCUGUCACAGAGCAUUCCUUGUAUGUCAUCAGAUCGCUUGAAUUGUCAGCUAUUCUGCUCCCAUGAGACACCUUUUUUUAUUCCGAUUGAUGCGUUAUUACGCCGAUUAUAUAAAUCCGAUAAAUAUUUAGCCAUUCUUAGUGUUGCAUGCGUCAAAAUGAAAGUUUUAUCUUAGGCAGAGUGAUGGUCCGUGUCGAGGUCGAGGUCAGACAUGGAUACUGGAACAGGUGUUCUCGCGUCCUUAUUGUUCAUUGGUAUUCACGUACAUAUACAGGCAGGUCCUUAUGUUUAACAAUAAUAUGGCGCAUCGCAGACACCGCGGGACACUUUUUAAACACUUUCCUACAUUAACAGUCAAUCCCCUCCCCUGACUGCGCGAAUAAGUUACCUAAUGCAGUCAUCUGUUUGUGCUGCGCUUGUGAUCGCCACUUCUUCCAUGAGUUCAGACAAAUAUUUGGUGUGAGCGAAGCAUUCACCGCUACUGUCGGUUUGAUUGUCCGAUUGGAGGUGUAUAUCUCCUCUUCCCCUGUCUCAUAUUUUUCAUGUACUGACUCAUAUACUCUUGUGGAUACCAGUUUUGAGAAGAUAGCUUGAGCAACUGGUUUGAUCCAAACUGAUAGGACAGAAAAGUGUGCCUUUAUUCACUUACGUAGGGUGUUACCUAAGCUGCUCUGAUAAUGCUUGUAAUAAAAUUGCGUGUAUAAUAAUCAGUCAGCCUUUCGUUAUAUGGUAGAACCCUGAAAUGGGAACUUUUGCAGAUUUCUUUCGAUUGUAAAUUAAGGUAAGAUGUAGUUUGGUAGCCCCACCUGAUGGGUACAAUACUGUUGGAGUUGGGAUUAGGGGUAAGGCUUAGGCGGUUAGUGUUAGGGGUGAUGGUUAAAGGUUAGGGUUAGGGAUUAGGCUGUAGGUUUGGGGGUUAUAGCUAGGAGUUAGCAUAAAUAUUUGUCAUCCAUUCAAAGUACAACCGCACGUUUCCAAUAGCUAUUAUUUUGCAUACAACUACUUGAACUCAUUCCUGUGCAUUCCCCAGCCCCACCUGUAAAAACCUCUAUUAUCCUUGGUCCCGUAUUAGAGGUGACUGGGGUUUGUUAAUUUCAUGUAGGACUACCAACCUACAUCCGACCAUGAAUUUUCUGGAAGGCCUGAUAUAAAUUUUUUCUCAGAUUACCCUUUUUAAAGACAACAAACUCACGGUCUACAAAACAGAGUCCAACAACGGCGUAAGUGGUCCCAUGAGCUCAGCUGCUUUCGACUUUUUUGCCGAGGUCAAAUCGCAGCAACUAGGAAGUAUAUCUUUUCAUUUCUGUAUCUUUACAUUGUCCUGCCUUAGCACAGACGUUAGCGGACAUGACAAACAAUUUUCAUAGCCCUAAAAAUCCCUUGUGGUCAGGUUUUUCAAUCACAGCCAUUGAAGAGACAACUACCUAUAUUAAAAACAACCUCUCUUCAGAAUACCCGCGAGAAUCGGUUGGACAAAUAGAACAUCAAGUGUUUUUUUGCGAGCGAAUGACUUUAAUACACCAUCAGACCGAUAAAAGUUUGCCUGAACACAAUUAUUGGAGUCAAAAUUAUACGCUGGGGCCACAUCUAUUGCUCUCUCUCUCUCUCUCUCUCUCUCUCUCUCUCUCUCUCUCUCUCUCUCUCUCUUUCCACCUAUCAUACACCCGCUGCCGUACAAUUGACCCUGGCGUCGUCAGUUUCCAUGCUUGCACCGGUCGAAAUUUCCCACGCUUUCACUUCCUCUCGGACAGUCCUGAUCAAAAGGUCCACCCUGGUCUAUGCAGACUGAAUGAAUCAAAUUGCGGCCGGUCGAACAUCUCGUUGACUGUCCAAAAUCGGGUUAUCCUCUCGGCAUCGUUCCAGUUAAGCUCUGAAUUGUACCCCUACGACGCGAUAAAAACGAUGGUUACGCAAACGAAUUGUGCAUGUUCUCGGGCACUUGCCUCAAAUAAAUCGCCGAAUCAACCAAGCCAGCGACUUGAAUUGCCGGAAGUCACCAUAUCUUUUCUUCAUUUUUUAGGACACUGCUCUCAAGGGUUGAAUUAUGGAUCUCCUGGCCCAGAUCCCGGCCUGGCAGAGCAGCGCCAUUUAAGGAGCGACCGCGGCAGUAUGCGGAGGAGGAACUCCUGCUCUUUGGUCCCACCUACGGCCUCGCAGAAGACGAGUGGUCGGCUUGCAUUUAUAAUCCUCAGGCUGGAGAAACGGUCGCAACUAGACGCAUGAAGUCACGGCCUGACUCUCUCAUAGUUGCGGCAGAAAGUGAGUCUUUUACUAAAUAAUAAUAACAGCCCGGACCUUAUGGCGAAGAAAGGUUGUAUGAGAACGCAGCGGCAGAGAUUCAACUACUCGAUGGUUUCCGUGGUAUUUAGCUAAGUGAGCUGUACUAUCUAUAGAAAGCCAAGAAUCCUUUCAAAGUGGCGGCUUUAUAUUGUGGAGAGUGUGCCGGAUUCGUCGGCCAUUUGAGAUAAGCAUAUGAAAGUUCAGCUUGAACUGUCAGAUCCCUAGUAAUCGUAUCCCGGUGAACCCUGUUUCAGGUGAUAAGCGGCUAUUUUCUAUGCUAGGCGCGCGACUUAUUUAGAUGGAUGGAUCAAUGAACAGAAGGUCAUGGCAUUUCCAAUGUAACUACCGAUGAUUUACUAGUAGUUUCUGAUAGUUCAAUUGUGAUACUACUUGUCGUAGCAAUUAACUAGAGAGAAGGAUUUCUGACCAAAUAAUUUUAAAAUUAAUUUUGUACUGAAAUGUUGGUGCUUUUGAGCUCCGAUGCUAGUAUAUUGUCAAAGGCAGCCACAGUUGCUCUCAAAGUACAAACUAAAGAGCAUGUUGGACUGGUUUUGUUGGCGGUAAUUUGAUAUCAGAGCAUAAAUUGUACAGCCAGCAUAAUUAAGUAUCCUUACUUCCCUCCAAGCCUCUUUAAGAUGUUGUCUGGCUUUAUCACCCUCGAGUGUCCGGGUGUUAGAAACAAACCAGAUUGAGUCCAUAAAACUGGGCCACCUAAGUGAAGACGACAUUGUGUGACAAUCAAUGCAACUUACCGAUGGUAAUUUGAACUGCUCAUCUUCUGGGACUUCACGGCAAAACUCAUAUCCUCAAAAGACCGGCUGAGAUGACGACAAACUGCGGACAUCGCGGCAGAGUUAGCAGAUUGAGCUACCGCAGUGCAGAAGUAGGUGCCCAGCGCAAAUACGGAAUACGGUUGGAAUAAGCUGGCCGCCCAUGUUUGAAGGGAUGGAUUACCAAUUUAUUCUCGCAGCAGGAUUACACAGUGACGGUAGGGAGGGGGGGGGUAGGUCACGGUGUGAUUCUGUAAAAUCAGAUAUUCGUUCCGUCUCGCAAUCAGACUACUGCCUAAAUAAACUGCCCUGCUUUUGUCAAUGCUGACUAAAUCAAGUGGUCAUGCUGAACUCAAGGUUCUGCCUUACUGUGCACGAUAGUGUUACAACUUGGCGGCUGGCUGACCUCACAGUUUAUUCACUCGAAGAUAUGAAUCGAUUGCAUCUAAAGAACAAAAAGAAUCGCGAGACACUAAUUUCAGUGAAAAAAAAUCAAACAAGGAUGGGUUGCGAACUUUAAAUUAGCAGAGUUAGCUCAGUGGUCUAAAAUACUGCUUGGUGGAGAGCGUGGUUUUGUUCUGUUCCACAAAUUGUAGCAAGCUGCGCGCGUCUCUGCCAGGGAACUUCAAAGCAUGCUGACCGGAUGUACUGUUAGCUGCAACCCCUGCAACCUCCUUGCUGUCCCUUCCAAAUUAGCUGGCUAGUUACAGUUUCAUUUGUAAGGCCAUAAAAUAGUAGUUUUGCGUAAAGACAUUGAAUUCAUCAUAGGGUAUCUCGAAGUCAAUACGUGGGACUAGAAUCCGAUUUUUUCUAAUUUUCCAAUUAGGGUGCACUGCCCAAACGUGUACUAGAACCACAAUCACCGUUCUCUUUGCCUCACUUUGGAAAUCAGUUUAUAAAACAGAAAGAAAAGUGCCACUUUCCAAGUCAAAAGCCAUAGUUUGUGUUUGUACUGAAACAAAACCAGCAAAAUUUAGAUAAAUUAAAUUGAGGCUACACUGUCGAACUCUUCAGCACACACUUGACGAAACCCGGGGGGUUUAUAAGACGCAAAUUAUCCUGUAUUCGAUUUGUCAUUAAGGUAUUUCUCGCAGCUCGAUGAAUACAGGUCCCGUGCAUUUGGUUGGGAGGCAUUUGCUGACUAAGCGUAAUUUUCAGCAGUUCUAGGUGUGUAGCGUAAUUGAAUUUGUCAGGGGUAGGUCAGCUGAUAUUUACAGAUCACUGUGCAACUUCAGGGGACGGGUGGAAAAUUCCAUCCUGGCGUUCUUAAAGGAUUAACGGCAGUACCGUAAGCAGAAAACUAGCUAGAAAGUGAUAUUUUGCGUGCUUGAGGUUGGAAAUAUAAUUAGCAGAUAUAGACGUUGUAGGCUGACAUGCAGAUCCACGUGCAGCCGACUGUGAACGACAAACGUGACAUUCUUUCAUGGUGGUAAAUGCUGAAUUGGGCAGUUUGCAAAGGAAUACAGCGCGUGACUCAACUCACGAAAUGUGCCGAAUGAUUGCCAACCACUCACAAGCCUCUUCAACGCUCCCACGUCUAGAACCGGCACAAUUGGCACCAGUGAGAAAAAGGAGAAGGACAAACUCGCUACGAUGGUCCUAUUUUUGAUUGAACUUAUUAUUACGCUAUGACAAUGAGAUGUUUCGAAUGUCAUAAAAGUGAAGACAACAAAGUCAGAAAACAUGCAAUAGAAUAACAGACAACUAAUGCACGUGAAAUUCAAAUUGGUCAAAAAAUUUCGAAAUUCUAACUUCAUGACACAAUGCGGUCUGGUGCCUUCUAUAACGAGUUCUCCAAGAAUAGGCUGGCCAGCAUAAAGGCUGAGCUCAUUUGUGCGAGAAAGUCAAGAUCCAACUUAGAGUGAUUUUAAAAAAUAAGGGGCCUAUCAUUUUUUGUAGUUUGUCAUCAUAGAAUGUUCCAAAAAGGCAAGUUAAAUGCUUAUUUAAAAGAGCUCGUCAACAGGGUAGUUUAUUGUUUAGUCUUGUGCAUAACAAAAAGGAACAUGGAAUGAUUUUACUUAUAAGUAGUCUGCUCUGUCACAUAUUCCUCUAGACCACCUAAAAUACAAACGGUUUGAAACAGCGUGUGCUACAAUCACGUAAGGCAGUAAGUAGGGUCUCACCCGGGCUUAUCACAUCUCAUCCAAUGCAUUCCAUGAGUCAGUGUUGACUUCUUUUUAACUCAGUGCCAAAGAUACUGCUUUCGCUGGCGGAGUGGGGUGGCCAUGAACCAGUCCAAUCGAAAAAACCAACUGAGGGGAAUUUAAAGAGGACGGAAUGCCUGAUUGAGAGGCACAUGCAACCCAAGAAAUCCAUCCCUCAGAGAAGAUGCAGAACAGUCAAGCACUGGAAUGGCAGCCCACCGCGCUAAGCUUUGGGCGUCGAGGCAAGCCAAAAGCGACAGAACAUGUGGCCUGGAUUACUGCUUAACCUAUCGGAUGCACACCCCGCCGCUGCGAGUUGCUGUAUCGAUUUUUAAGGUACUUGCCACAGGGAACUGGCGUGCAACUCACAGCUGGGCGAUGUAGUGUUUCGUGCAGGGGCUAGCUUUACGCAUCUGUUCAAUGAAUGCCGUUCAGAUUCCAGUUCCAAACUACUCUGACAAUUGUCACCUGAACUGAUUUAGGAGCCAGAUACGAAAAAUACUUUUCCCAGUGCUUGACCUUCAGCAGUACGUUUGGCAGAGACAUUAUCAGAGCUUUAGGUGGUCCGUCACGCCUUAAACAUAAAAUAAAUAAAAAAGAAGAUAAAAAAAUAAAAUAAUUGGAUAUUUUUUCCUAGCAGAUGAACCUGCAAGGUUUGCGUAUGUGGCCCGGCCUAUACUUUCUUCCUAGACUAGGCCUAUUAAUUUCGUUUACGUAGGCUCGUUAUGUAAUGGUUAAAGUUACGAUUAAGCUUACGCUUUGGGGGUGUUGGAGUUUUGGCUAAGGUUAGAGUGAAGUUUAAGUUUUCCUGUCGCAUACCGUCUUACACAGUCCAGCUAUUAUUAAGUAACAACUACGGGUAACCUGUUUUCCUCCUGUUUAGGCGUUCUCAAUUCGCAUCUUUCAACUUGCACAGUCCCUUCCGGCACCUCGUCGGAGUAAUAAAACCAACAUUUGGGCAGAAUUUCGAGUUUUUUUCAGUGCGUUCUACAGAUUCCCUUUAUUUCCGCCUCCAUUUGCCCCGUCAAUAAAGUCUCUGUUGACAUUCCUCCCGCAUGACAGGAGUCCCUGUGCUCCCCUUUUCGGCCGGUAAUUGCUGACGAUAGGUUUACGCAAGCGAUGGGCGGGGAUUUAAGGUAAUACUAGUAGCGAAUGGCCGGUCGGUUUAUAGCAGUCCGAGGUCUGAUGCUCCUAGUGCCUGCUCGGUGACUCAGCCAUCACAGCCGACAAGGUCAACCACUGGUCAGCUUGGAAGACGCAGUGGUCAUUUGUGCACGACUUUGUUUAUAGUGAGGAAGACUUUCGCCUCAUCUAUCACCUUCACAAUUCCCAAGCCUACUUUGCCUAAAAUAGCAGGUACAGUAAGACGGAUGGUCUGUGUAAAUCUACAGCACACAUGCGGACUCCUAAAUCCAAAUAAGUAAGGUUUCAGGGAGGGGAGUUGUAGGAAAAUAUGUGCUGGAUCCCAGAUGGAUCCGUAUCGUUGUCCCCCUUUUCUUUUGUGUGUCCGUGACCCGUUUAUGUAAAGCCGACCGGAAAUGAGCUUGGACGCAGGGACUAAUGAGAUGUGAGCUGCCAUCUAACCUGUAUCACGCGCAUGAAAGGACUAAUUAGAUGCAAACGCACAGUCGGUGCGACCAAUUUGACCUCGGCCAGGAGUCAAGGUGAAGCCUCCGAUUUAAUGCACUAUCUGCUCAGCAUUUAUGGGGGCCAGGCGCUCCACUUCCAAUUUGAACACAAACUAAGUGCAGCUUUCGGGGAUCCUUCGAUCAACCAAGUUGUUUCAAGGUAAUCAUUAAUCACGUUAGGUAUACCCAGGACGUAAUCGGUCCUACGGCCGGGGGGUGUAUUGAUGCUUUGCGUGCAAACAGAUGUAUUACAUAUAAAUCUCUGUCAGUGUCAGCCUCGCAUUCCUCUUGGACCCUACCGGAUCUGGGUGUAAGAAAAGAUAAGACAAGUAGAAUUGCCAACGGAUGCAUUGACCCUCUGUCCCGUGCCGCCCACCGACUGAUUCCUCAGCCGACGUAAAGCACAGUUCGCCUACCCGUUCAUGCCGACAAAACUUACCGUACGGUUCCGCUAAGUAUGAAUCUAUUGUGCCCAGCUCCCAUGCCCAUGGAUUGAUUUGUGUCGUUGGCAUGGCAACCUACUGAACUAUGAACUCCGAGGCAGUAUGAAUGCUUUACGUGAGUAAGUAGGACAAUCCUAGGAGAAGGUCACGUGUACUUGACCCCAACCUCCUAUCCUGCACCAGAUAACAUACUAGAUCAGGAGGAGUGGGGAUCGUAUUCAGGAGCUGAACUGACGCCAAUCCCCCUCUAUUCGUGCCACAACACAGUUGACCCCGUAAUGCUUACUAAACCAGACCGCUAUGGGUUUACAUUCCGCGCCUCUUCCGUGGACAACACUGAGUCGUGUCAGUUGAACUUCGACGCUCCUUGAGAAAAUUUGGUAGAAGAAGGCUAUUAUCGAUAGAUAAGAGUAUAGACAUCACAGUUUUUCAUCCUUUAAUGAAGAUUUCUAAUGCUUUCAAAGAUGCUGAAAAUAGAUGACUGAGGCCUGACUUCGGUUUACACGCCUGGAUAAUUCUUUUCAAAUACUAUGACGUUAGGGCAGGAACACUGCGCCAGAAUUACCUUUAAGCAUCUUUGGUGCCGACGGUCGAGUACAGAGAUGACGUGAGUAGCGUAGGCUUUAGUUGCGCUUUCCGCUCCCCAAACGCCUUAACGUCACUUACAGAGUAACCUGAGCGAGAAGGUCGAAUGAAUUACCUCAUUUGACGUCCGUCGGCAGUCAAACCAACUUCCAGUUUUCUGUAGUUGCCAGAAACCAGACGAGUACUGUAUGCAAAGGAACCGUGAGACAUUAUGAGACUUAUGCUGCAUAAAGUUGUAAGAAAUUGUCUUUCACUGUCCCGCCUCAUGAGCUCUAUGUGGCUUCACUGGGGCAUCACAAAUUCACAUGCAAAAGUCAACGGCCUCCCUAUCUAUGCUUUUUGACAGAUGGACUCAUCUACAUGCUAGGAGGGCGAGUAGACAAAAAGUGGACCAAUACCGUACGCGAGUACAAUGUUCGAACUAGGCGCUGUCGCCGAGUAGCUCCUAUGCUCGAACAUCGCCGCUGUGCCGGCGCCUGUGCGGUGGGCGGUGAAAUUGUUGCCUGCGGUGGCAAGAGUGCUACUCUCGACUUCCUCGCCUCUUGUGAGUUCUACGAUCCGAAGGCAAAUACGUAAGUGACAGACUAGUAUUACUCGGUCGAAUUAUUAGCCGUCAUGACCGCAAUACACCAAAGUGCCUGAAAUCCUUUUGACUCCUAAACACAACCAGGAUCUGCGAAUAUUCCCAUGUUACAAUUGAAAAGUCAGUUUGGCAAACACGUGUAUUCGGUAACUCGUCAUCAGGCCAAAACAAUUACAUAGAAGUUGAAAAUAUGCGAAGUUAUGCCUCUUUGACCUAACGAUAACAAUACGCCGACCUCGUCAUGUGGGUGGCGUGAGAACGAUGAGUGCAACUAACCCCUGAGUUACUUAUAAACCCUGUGAACUUUGCGAAUUUUCAACUUCUAUGUAACUUUUUCGGCCUGAUGAUGAGUUACCGAAAAUACGUAUUUGCCAAAUUGACUUUUCAACAUCAGGAUCACUGACGCCUGAGAGGAAAAGAAAGUUGAAAACAACUACUGGCGUUUUGAUUAUUGCGAAUGUUCCAAAAAUCGAGUCAGAUUUUAAAAAAACAUCAAGUUCUAGUAUAUUUAUCCUCAUUACGUUUGGCCGGGAUGAAUUGCCGAAUGAUUCAUCGACAUUUCCUUACUCAAAUUAAUGUCGGACAACGCCUCAGCCGGCUGCUAUAAUAUGAACCUUUUGAUGCCUAACUUGAAGUUCACAUACUCCCACAAAGGCCGCUUAGCUGUCCACAAUGACUCUUUUUAAUUAACUAAUUCACGUAACUAAAAUGUUUAGACAGUUAACAGCUCGGUAUUCUCCAAUGCUUUCGUCGGUUUAUAAGUAAGUAGACUGUAAAUAUAUAUGGUGGGGGAAUUUCUUUGAAUUUAAAUCUGUAUUGGACAUUCUUAGAAGGAUUGACCACAAGACAUGGGGCAGGGGGUCAUUUGUCUACCGCGCGACCUGUAUCUCACUGACAGUGCAUGGAAUGUCAAAAAAACGAGGAUUAGAAUCUGAAAUAUUCCGUUUUUGCAUGGAAUAUGCCUUGGGCGAAACAAAUGCAGAAACUAGCUGACCAGACUUACGCGAUGUUUCCGCUGCUGCUUAUACGGAUCUUGGCGACAGUCUUCAACCAUGAGGCUGAUAUGCGCACUUCAGGUGAGGGAUAAGUGACUAAAUUAUGUUUAUAAUUAUAGUAAUAAGUGUACUGAAUUUCAUUUUACAGACAUUUUCAAAAUAAACACAUAGUGCUGAUCGAGUAAGCAGUGAAAACAACUCUCGAGGACUAAACACAACACGUAUGACUUUCAGAUAUUUCAGAUUGGUCGGAAGAAAAUCUUUUGAAUAAUUAAUUAAAGGUAUAUUCUGUAGCGUUUUCGACAAAGAUACCUUACGUGGCUCCACUGAGAAAAUUGAAAGCAGGAACUCCUGUAAUACAGGAAUGAUGGUAAUAAGGUUUUCUGGGGUGAGACAAAAUAAAGCCAUGUACAACAUAACUCGCGAAGGAAUUUCAGAAAUUGCAUUCACGCCAUUAUCUUCUUUCAGUACACCGACGAUCAAUGUAAACGCAAGCAUAUAAGUUAAAAAUGUGAGAGGAACGAAUGUUACCGAUUAGCCUACUCGCAAGUAGGCGGUGAAACGAAACCAAAUUAGACGCAAUAAAGGUCAAGGUAAUGAAAUAGGGACAUCUAUUAGAGACGAAAAAGAAGCAGAACAUAUAAAAAGGCUGCGAAUUAAGAAAAUAUCGGUAUGAAAUCAUUCACCAAAGCGGCAGAUGCUAGUUAGUAGUCAGUGAGGGAGCCGUUCUGCGCGUCUGUGUGAGGUGACUAUGCUCAACGCGCGACUCAGAGCAUUACUGGCACCUAUGACUUAGAAAUCACCAAAAAUAUCCUCAGGCAUGCCUUCGUGAGCUACCCGUAACCCUUAACCCUAACCGCAAAACCUUACCCCUAACCUUACCCGUUACCCUAAUCUUACUUUUAAACCUAAACUUAGCGUUAAGCCUAACAGUGAUCCUAACCUUAACGCCAAAGUUACUCUAACCCUAAAAGCAAUAUCCCUGCAAUUUGGCACAGAACCAUCGAAAGUGCUGGUCCACAGUAAGGAAUAAGUUUGAAAUUAAGCCAGGCAUUCGUUUUAGGGGCGGCUUACUUGGUAAGACCGGGCGAAAAGUUACAGAUAUGCCUAACUUUCAGCAUUCUGGGUAGACUUGGUGCUAGUAUUAGGGUUAGACUAACAUAGAACGUAUCCUGAUAAGUAGACUAAGCGUGAGGCUUAGAGUUUGAGUUAGGUUUAGCGUUAGGGCCACUGUCCGAUUAAAGAUCCAUUAGCGCAUAAUGGCUUUCAGUCUGUUACUGGGUGAACCGUGACUGAACAUGCCUACUUAAAUUAGAUGAGCAGCACAUGUUUUGCAAUAUUGAUCAGGCAGAGAAGUGCGUUAUCCCCAUUGCUACAUCUUUUAGACUUAUUCACCGGAAUUGAUGAUAGCAAAAUCGAAUAUGUGAUCCUAUAUUACACGACCGCGAUCCGUUCUAGACCCUGGGUUCGUUUGCUGAACAGCCACUUUAUGUCCAUGGUUCCAAGUUCGCGUGCAGUUUAAACGGAAUAAUUAUGGAAACCGCCAGACCGCAGAAUACGGCAAAAAGCGCUCGACAAUCGGUUUGCGUUUAGUGUAUCUCUGAUGCGACCAGCCGUCGUCUAUUAAGUUCCAGGUGCUAACUUGGCGAAAAUUGGGUAUCAGGUUGUUUGAAGUCAAAGUGGUUGUUCAACCCAAUCUGCGAAAACUGAACCGAUUCAGACUACAUGAACGUAAGUUAUGCAACAGGUCUGACUUUAAAACCGACGAACCACGCGAGAUCAAAAAUACUGACAGAGGUCAAAUGAGAAUGGGAAAAGUAUGUACUUUUUAUGUAUGAAAAGAACUCGGGUACACUUAAAUGGAAGAUAUAUUUGGGUUGUUAUUACCAUUUACUAAUAUGCGAGUAAUUAAGUGUCUCUUUGCCGGAAGAUUUUGAUUAAAUUCUGAGUCUAUCGAAACGGCAUUUUGAUCGUUUUCUGGAAUUACUCAGUACACCUGGUCUUGCAGAUACUUAUAAACCAAUAAACGAUUUGGACUGUAUGUUACCACGGGCUGAUGAUUUUUUGGACUUCCAACUGCCAAACAUGGCGAGUUUUGCAUGUUGGAAGUGCGUUCACAUAUCAGGUUGCUAAAUACAUUCGUCUCGUUAGGCUUUAGGGUCCCUCUGGGGCUCCGAGGACAACCGCACAGCGGCUAGUAGUAUAGGCAAUGACCAAAAAUCCCGAGUGCCCCGAAACUUGGAUUGAAGAAGGCUGGAUGGCGACGACAACCAAUAAACCGAAAAUGGCUAUCCCAGGCUCCCUCGUCUUUGUCCGCAAUCUCACUAUGCUGAUUUAUGCCAGUUUGGUUUCUUCUCCAGCGUUGUUGCUGGCGCCUACUAACGGGGCUGCCUUGACAGUAGCUAGUUUUUGAUUUAAUUUAUUAGUUCUCGCUUGAAGUCCACUGUUAUCAAAAGGACCACAAGGUCUUCACGCAGGACUAUCAGCAAAGUUAUGGACCAGAUGUUCGGUCGUAGCUUCUGCUCAUUAUUCACCAAAGGAGCAUAUAUACUUGGAAAAAACCGAAAUUCCUUUAACGCCUACAGAAAUAUUUGGAGCUAAAGUGGCGAAAAAUACUCCGACGAAGUAAACGCGCUAGAUGGCUUCUCGUGACUGUCAGCCUUCCGAAAAAAACUGCGCCAGAGUUUGAUUAUGAUUUGGAUUGCGAUGUUUCUAGCAGGUAAAAGGUCGGACGUCGGGGACAUGCGGUUUUUUCUUACUAAGGUGUUAAGGAGGUAUGCCUAUUACCGAGCGAAGUUAGAUUCAGAAGUCCUCAGUCAUGCUUGACUCUGUGGGCACUAGCUGUCUGCACUAAAAUCAAUCCAAUCUUGUGCCUGUCAAAGUAAUUAGGAUUUUGGUCGCGGAGGCACACUUAUAACUGCUUAAAAUUGCGUCGCUGACCCUUUAAUUUUCGCCUCGUUUGUUUCUCCAGUUAGUCUUCUGUACGGAAGCGCGGUAUUGCUCGUUAACAUCCUUCUUUAAUGGCGGAUAUUUUCAUUGAAAAGUCACCAUGGACAACUGUUAAAGAAGAACUAACCUACCUUAGCCUUUUUAAAUCGAGGCUGGUUUCGUAAGUGCUAAGUUCGAGUUGCACAGCCGCACAUAGAUGACAAGUAUUAAUUCAUUAACUGCUUAAAUCUCCCCUUUUUCUUUCUCCCCUCGGCUUUUUCGUAACUUUUCACCCCUCCUUCGCCUUCCUCUCCUCCUCCUCCUCCUCCUCUUCCUCCUCCUCCUCCUUCCCGCUAUCUUUCCUCUUUCGCUACCCCUUCUCAAUUUUCCCCUUUCGGCUCUUUCCUUAGCCUGCUUGUAUACACUGCAUACCAUUUCAUUCUACGUUACUAUACACCAACGUCUUCAUCCAACCUGGCCUCUUACUGCAAAAAUACCGCCUUGUCAUAAAACGUCAAAUCCACGUUGUUCGGUAGCCUUGUUUGAAGUUAAAGCAUUUUAAAUGGGAUGCUUAAAAGCCCAGAAAUCAUGAAUUUUUUGUCCGCAGCGUCUUCAAUGCCCGCUGGAUAUUCUUCCGAUCUCUCAUCUUACCUUAGCGGAAAAUUGAAACCUUUUCUUGACUUAAUCGGCAGCUGACUCAUGCCUCUAACAUGUUUUAAGGAAAAACCCUACCAUUUCUCAUAAAAAAUGUCUGCGGUUUUUGAGUGAAAAGUCUCCACUUCCAUUGCAAAUUAAUUCGUGGACCUGAUACAAAUUCUCUUGUAUUCGGUUAGCCAAAUUUCGUCGACUAAAGCUGAAUAAUGGCAAAAUAUCAUUUAGUGUUUACUUACAUGCGGUGAGAUUUCAACUUAUCAAGUAAUUUAACUCUGUGCACAACAGCCUUUAUAAGUUAACCUUUUCAAUAUUUCGUGUAACUAAGGGUGAAUGAAGUUCUCAUGAUGGAAAUGACAAACUUUAUAGGGUAAUUUUACAAUAUUUGUCUCCUUAGGUUUCUUCGAGCUCCAAAUGUUUUGGCACUUUUAUGUAAAGCUCAAAAAUACACAACUCCCUGUUGGUAAAUCUUGAUUUAUUUUGCAUAUAAAAGCAAUACCUUUGGCUUACGAGUCUCCUUUAAAGAAAGAAAAGCACUUUCACAAUUUUAAAAAAGUAAACCACCACGUUCGAAAACAAUAUCCUUUCCGUAGCUCACUGGUACGACGUUGGACUUAAAAACGCCCAGUAAUCGAGAAAUCCGAGUUGAAUCCUGGAUAGUGCAAGCCUUGGCUCCAGAUUGGCUGGCCGAGGACGUCUAAUAAGUUGGAAACGAUUCCCCCCGCCCCGAUGUCUUUGUCGGUAUUCAUUUCUGCAACAUUACUGCUUCCUAUGCGACUGCUUGUAAAGGCCCUAGACUGAAUCCCGAGACACAACAAGACGAGCAUGUCCCGUAGCCUUAACGGUGAACGCCUUCCCAUCAUAGUUAAUAUUCCCAGCCGCAACCGACAAGACGACGAAUCCAUUGCUUAGUAGUAGAUCAUUGGACGUGAUUCUUAAUGGCCGAAAAUUCGGACUUCAAUUCUAGGGCAUACAACUCCGGGAUUGUGUAUGGCCGAUUGGAGACGGCUGUUUAACGCGCCCCAGUGGCCCUCGUCUUUGUACGUAUUCCUUCGUUUCAGUUUCAGUUUAUUAAGGGAAAUAUAGGCGAGUGCCUUCGAACUCCCUAUUGGUUACAAGUCGUCGGAGAAAAACAUUGAUAGGGAGGAAGGUGAAAAAGGAAUUUUGUUCAUAAUCGCGGACAGCUGACAGCUAGUCGCAAAAUAGUGAUCAUUAACCGUUACUUACUAAUUACAAGUAGUAUAAGCACGUAUAAGUUGGUGCUGGUUAUGGGAGUGGAUGUAAGGCUGGUAAUUGGAAAGCUGGAUGGGCGUCAAGUCGACGCUUAAAGGAAUUCACACAGGAGGAGAUUGCAACAUCGGUAGGCAGGGCAUUCCACGCUGCAACCACUCGGUUACUGCAAAAGAACUUUCGCCCAUUGAUCCUUGCUUUCUCUGCGCGUAGUUUUAGGGGAUGACCGCGCAAAGUGGUAUCAGUGGUGAUCGCAGUUCGCUUGCCUGAGAGGGUUCUACGAGGAUGAGCACGUCCCGUGACCUGGUCCGUGAAUGCGCAUUUAGCGACUGUUAACAUCUUCUUCAUGGCAAAGUGCAAAUACUCCUUUGCAAGUUAUGCGAUGAGGUCUCAUGCGGGAACAUGCCAACGUGAAAAUUAAUAGUUCUCUAGACCUGUUGGCAAAAUGGCCGCAUUCCCGUAAUGUACGUGUGUUUUGUGCGGAAAAUUGAGCAGACAAGUGCGUACACAAUCAAGUUGUGUGUUUUCUAUCCAGAUGGCAGCUCCUUCCACCAAUGCUGGAGGCCCGCUAUCGGCCUGCGGUCGCAGCUCUUCCUGACAAACGCCUCUUUGUCAUUGGUGGAUACAGCUCUUACACGGGUCCAAUGACCUCCGUGGAAUUCUGCACAUUCCCCAGCGGCGACGGACGCAGUGAACUGUCAUCGGAAAACAUGCCUGCUAGCAAGGACUUUUGGCGAAACGCAGCACCAGUACUUAAUGCCUACACUGGACGCGCCGUCUGUGCCUUUAACGGAAAAAUCAUCCUCGGCGGUGGUUACAACGGCCAGGACGGCUUCGUCAACGAGGUGGAAGUCUUCAUGCCCCCGGACUCCAGUAAUCCGCAGGGUCAGUGGACACGACUGACAAACAUGCGCCACAAUCGGUAUCUAUUUCACAUGGUCGCCUGCUCCAGAAGCAUUUUCGCUGUUGGUAAGUGAUCUGCAUUGAGAAAACUUUCCGAUUUUCGCGACUGCUUCUCCUUGUUUGUAAGUAGCUUCUUCUUGGCGUAGAAUUGAGGAUGUGCAUUCAGGAUAAUUAUUAUCGUUUUAAGCCCCUAAUACACACGUCUCCUCCGAACGCCUCUUUCGGGAACGUACGUUAAAGUUAUUCGGUAACAAUCGGGAGAUGGCACCCAAAAAAUCCGUUACCUAGAAAUAAUACCUUUAUUAGUGCACUCAAACGCCUUCAGGCUAUAUCAGCGGUUACAGGCCUACUUUCACGCACUACUUGGACUUUCCGCGACGGCCUAACAUGGGCUGGCCGAACGAACAUCGCAGGAGGUUACAUGGACGAUGGUCGCUGUUACCCAACCUUCCCCAUCGUUACACACGUACACCUGAAUAUACGGCAUACAAUCGCAUUAUGGCAGUUUAUCACAAAAGAAAAACAUUUUUAAAUAGAAUAAGUCUGCACAGCAUGGGACAGGAACAGUUCCCAGGCAUCUGACAAAGACAUGGCAUUGAGGCCAAACCCAAGAAGAUACUGUACUUCGUCUAUGUGAGCCCACACAACUCGACCACAUACAGGGCCUCCCUCGUGGAGUUUCCUUUUCAGUCUACUCCAGUAUACCUCAAUGGCAUUGAUGUGCCGUCCGGUGGUAGGGUCUCUAAAGUUCUUUGAGUGGUUAACAGAGAAAUGCAGAUAACCUUCUGAGGGAAGACGAUUAUACACCUUCCACUCGUCCGUUACCACUAUACUGCCUUUGGCGAUCCAUUUUGUAAUAAUGGAACGGAGAGCGGGCCAACUUCGAUUAUUCACCUGUUCAAAUAAGGCUUUCUGUCGGCUAGUAUCGUACAUCCCGACCAGCCACCACCCAUAAAACCUGUCCCGUAAGACAGGCUGCUUUGGUUAGGCGGAUUUUUUGGGUGCCAUCUCCCGAUUGUUACCAGCUAUUCUUGUAACAGAUAAUAAGAGGGUCAGAACCGGAUUUUCUGCUAUAGCAGUAAGCCAAGCGAAACAUAAAUUAAAUUUAACGGUAAUGUGAAAAUGCAUGCAGGUAUCUGGUAAGGAAUCCGUCAGUCAGUUUUAUUCAUUGCCUCAGUCCACCUAUGGACAAUUUCAACUGUUAACCUCGAGGAAACUCUAAGAGGACUGUUAUUUCCAUAUGGUUUAACAUUUUGCCAGGCAUCUUCCAAUUUACUUUGAGUGCACGAUAUCAUUUUUUGCGAAGGAGAUUCUAAUGUUUACUAAAGUCCUGAGUCUUUGCAUCCGAAAUUUGCGAAGUUACUUUCCGUUAACGUAAGAUUGUCCAACACAAUCAUGAACGUAAAUUGUAAAAUGUCUAGGACGCUUCCGGCCGACACGAGAGACAAUCGUGUCCAGCUGUUUCAGACAAAACUACUGCGUCUAAUUCAGCGUUUAAUAAUAACUCUUGGCCUUAAUAAUGUGCACUAAAUGCCGAAUUCCUAUACUUACCUACUUGGCAACUAGAAAAAUCAAGCUUCAAACAGGGGCUGUUGUUAAUUGUAAUCCUAUCAGCGACACUUGUCAGAAACCCAGACGCCUGUCCGACGCACAUUUAUAGGUGUGAGACAGCGCAUACACCUAUCUGAGCCUGAUGACAUUUGGAACCACCGCAUUCGUCACGUUAUUCUUGGUAUGGUAGUGAAACUCCAGUCCCUUCCCCCUUUUGAUUGAGUACUUUUCAGCCUUAAAUAAAACCGAUUUACCGACCAGACAACAAAUUACGAAAGUUGAUAUACCCAUUGAUACGCUGAAGUCAUAACAAGGACCGUCGUGAAAUAAGAAAACGUCAGUGAAUGCCUCACAGGGCUUUAAGUAAAACUAUCAUUUUCAUAAUAUGUUCUCGAGAAAUUUGAUGCUGAAACGAGGACUUGGAAUCACACCCUACAGUGAUGAUUCCAUUGUCGUCGUCUCAGUAGGCACUUUGUUCUCACCGAACAUUUUUGGUCCUCAAAGCAAAUCUUGGUUUAUUUUUUCUGUAAAGCCUUCUCAGCACCGAAUGCAAAACAUCCCGGAAAAAGCAAGCUAUUGAGCUCCCUAACUACCAAACAAACUCUUUCUCGGCAAAGAUUUUAGAUAGCCUAUAUAUAGGAAAUACGUAACAAAGUAAGAGGUGACAAGUAUUGAAUAUGUAGGCCGAGUUAUAAAAGAGGGCAUGCAGUGGCCAAGGACGUGAGAUCAACUUAAACCACACACAAUAAUUUUACUCCGUCUAGUGGCAGAAGCCAGGAAGUUGUGAGAACGGGUUUAUUCUGUACACAGGGCAGGUCGCCGAAAGUUGGCUGUAUGCUUAUGGCAGAGAUAAGCGUUCGUUCUGGAGAGCGUCAGUUUCGGAGCCUUCAGUGUGUUGCUACCACCAAAAAAGUGUUGAGUCAUUCUUGCCUCUGUCCUGUCUGUUCAAAAUCACGUCCGCAAGGGCGGCGUCCCGUGUGCGCACUUGUAACCAAUCAGCGAAAGAGAUCGCAUUAAUUGGCUUCGAGAGCACGGGAUGGUAGUGGCAGGUUAUCGACCAGGAGUGUGGCGUGGACGGGAGUGCAAAUCGAGGGUUAGCGAGCGCAACCGUGGCGCGUAUACAGUAGGACGAGUGGACAGAGAAAAGGCUGCUACAGGCACAGAGACUCCUCUAAUAAGGUAGGGAUAUUAAUAGUAGUUUUGUUAGUAGGACAGGUGGACUAGACAGCUAAACGUAUCGGCAAAAUGAACUCUGAAAACUCGAAUAUUUAUCAUAUAUUCGUUUUAUUACCUCAGUGAGACGUCGUAGCACAGUAAAAAGAUGCGGAUUAGGGGCAUGUAAACGGGCCUAACACAGGUAGUCCGCAGGUUACAUGAGGCCGGAUGGGGGUAGAACGGUGAGCGGCAGACAAACUUAAUAUUAACUCUAAUUCUAACACUACCUGUAAGUCUAGACACAGCCCUUACCCUAAACACCAGUGGUAAGUUUUAACCCUAACAGCGAAAUUCGGAUGCCAACCCUGUAUCCUAGUCCUAACUCUGAACCUUUAACUGUCGAUAAACCCUAGCAUAACAAGCUUACUUAAGUCACAUAAGUAGAUAUGUUAUAGUAAUACAACUAAAAGUCACCUUUUUUCAAUCGUCGCCUACGUAACCUUUCUUUGCUCAAGACGCAGUUGCCCUGGAGACUCUUAGCUUGCCGUUAGAAGGAAGUUACAGUGGUCAUAAGUCAAUUAUUUCGUUAAUGCGUAUUAAAAAGGACAUAUUCCUCGGAUUACCAUAACAGCCAGAGCGCUGCUAUGGAAAAUAUAUUGCACUCCAGUGACCUAGCAAAAUGCGGAGUUCUAAAUAUCCCAUCAGCCAUAGAAAACACACUUAGUUUGGAGAAUAUCCUGAUACACCGAGAUUGACUACGACAGUGUUGACUUUAGGUUAGUUAUCUUCGCACCCUAGUUAAAGCGGGAACCUAUUUUGAAUCGCCUGAAUAACCUUUUGUGCUAGACCGACCGCUUUUUGUGCUGAACGUGGGGACUGGAGAGGAUCAUUUGGGUUAUUUAACUUAUAUAUUUGCGCAACAGCUCUGUCGAAAGUUUCAAGAGCUUUUUAAACUCAUCCAUGUCUUGUAACUUGCCUGAGGGAAGAUGCGAAUUGCCCUCUACGAUUCUCGUAUGUAAUGCUAUAGGAAAGCGGUUGUAAUCUAAUGCACUAUGACAGGUUUCUUCGUUGAAAAGCGAUCAAAUAUCUGUCAUGCGGACAUCUGAGUUCCGUGUACUAAACAGACGUGUGGAAAAGUUAAGGGCAGCUCUGAAAAACACACUGCGACGCCUGCAUUUUGUCAUAGCCAGCCCCAUCAUCACUAAGGAGACAUCGAGUGACGUCCACUCAAACUGCAAAAAUCUAUGACAUGAAAGUCAGAAGACACUGGCAAACCUAACUGUAGUAUAAUUGAUCUGGAUUACUAAACGCAAAAGUACACGUGCGCUAUGGACAACGCCUAGUAGUGUUUCUAAAUAAUAUUGACGGCGCUCAUGUUAUCCACCUGUUUACUCUAAUUUCCCAGUAGCGCAGCUUUCUCAGCUAUCAACUGUCCGGUAUUUCAAACCAGGCAAGUUACUGAUGAUGAUGAUCGGAUGUGUGACCCCACUGACAAGACGGCGGAAGCUAGACCGUCGUGACUGAUGAUGCCCAUCGUGCGCUCCUCCGCAGGAUGAGGGCAGACACGGGGACCUGUGCGCGAUUUCUUUUGUAGUUGACCCCCUGUCCUUCCCACGUUGACCAUCUUCACCUCUACCAUCAAUGUCAAAACCUCUGUUGUGACGAUGGCGACCACCGAGGCCUCCACUCCGUUUGCCGGACAAAACUCUCCCGACGGCCCUUCGCGCACCACCCUCACGAUUGCCACCUCCAUCUCCAGCGAUGUCGACUCGAUCCUAACCUGUCCCCAUUGCGAUCGCGCAUUCGCUUCACGCAUCGGCAUGAUAGGUCACUUGCGAAUCCAUCGCACAGGCAAUGGCGAACCAGUGUCUGGAGUGCCGACAUAAACCGGACUCGAUCGCCACAGUUACCUACACUGUCCUCGCGCAGACCCAUGAAACUUGCGGCAGAUCACCGCCGGCCAUAUCAUGCUGUCACUUCUGUCUUCGCCAGUAACUGACAGUUCGGCCGCCCAUUUCCACGAUGACCACCAUGUGCUCCACAACAGGUUGAGGACAGGGACGGUGACUUGCGCGUGGAUUAGUUUAUAGUAAUGGUAGACUUGAACAACAUCUACCGCAUUCCCUCCUCCUCCCCCAUCUGGGCCGGCGUCAACACAGAGACAAGCCCGAAGGCAGGAGAGGGCGCAGGUCGUUGGCGCGGCCGGACCCCCACAUAGGCGCACCACCUGGUCCACAACGAAUUCUUGGCCAUGAUUUUAACCGUCAACAACAGUGGUGGCGGCAGUGAUCCCAGUUGAGCCGGCGACUGGGCUUGCCACCGCACCCCGAAUGUUGGGAUUUCUUAUGGUGUGCAUCAGGCCUACUAAUAACUAAGUAGGACCACAUACCCGGUCGUCGCCCAGCGUCCGUAGAUACAAAUUCUGUCGGUCCCGUACGGUGGGUUGGCUCGUAGUAUCUUAGUGGUUGUAGAACUGGACUGCAGCGUGUCCGAAACAGUUGAAAUUACAGAAUUCAUAUCAGUCUAGGCAAUCAAUUAUUCUUUCGUUAGUUCCCAUUGUCGUGUGUAUGCCUUUCUUAAAUUAAUUGCAAAUGUUUUGUAAAAUGUCGAUAAGUAAAAAAACCUCCCGUUCAGUGGAAACUGUGAAAUCCUUUCUUCAAAUCUUCUUUGUGAUGCAUUCAACCUUGUGUAUCAUCUGUACAACAGGUGUUCGUUUAUCAUGGUGUGCUGGAAAAAUUUCUCAAAUCAUGGUUAACUAUUAGGUUUCUGUAAGGGUUUUACAGGCGAGCCCGAUUCUUACGGGUUCUGGGUCAACUUACUCAUACAAACCGCAAAAGUCCAAGGAGGCGGUUUUAGAAUAUCCAGGUUGACUUACAAAGAAGACAUUCAUUACUUACUUUUUGUCAUCUUUGCGUUAGUAAAUUUGUUUAGACGUAUUUAACCCAUCAUGCUUUAGGUGAUCUCGGAAAUGCUAUUGAGAAUGGCCAGACAGUUGAAUCCUUGAGCCAACCAUUGAAUUCUCAACAAGACAGAGACGGCGCUGAAUCCAGAGGAUGGACGGAGCAGAAACCACUGGCCAAAAUGCGUUACCUGUGCGGAGCCUCUGCGAUUUCACGCGGCAUCAUGAAGGGUAGAGGCUUACUGAAUUAA